AAAUCCAACGAAGAAGAAGACGAACAACAUGGCGGCUCUUGGUUGCUGCUGCUAACAGGCUGCUAACAGGAGGGACCUGUCAGUAAGUAUUUGCGUAAAGAUUCAACAUGGCGACGCCGGUGUCUGUGCUCCGCCUGCCCAAAGGACCCGACCCCAACAGCCGCGGGUUUGAUCCCAAGUCGCCCCGCUUCAUCGCUCUCUGCCGCACCUCCAUUUCUUCUUCGGCUGCGUCAGAGGCAGACCCCGAGCAGCUGCAGAGAGAGCAGCAUGCGCGAUCUGUGCUGAGAGAGAACUUCCUAAGAUGUCUGCUCUCCAUGUCCAACAAGAAAGUUCAGUUUCACAUGCACGAAAAGGUGAAGGUGGAGGCCACGUUUGGAGCGUCGGACAUUGACGUGCUGAACUUUCAGGUGUCAGACCUGCAUACGCCCAUCGGCGUGCAAAAAGAGGCACUGAUCAGGUGUCAGGAUGUGAUUUCAGUCACUUUUGAUGUUUGAACACUUUGGAAUAUUUACACAGAAGAUGACAUUUGGGCACCUGGGGGUCUUGUUUGUUGGUGAAAAUGAGCUCUACUUCUGCACUGUGAGGUCGUUUAAGUUCUGCUGAAUGAUGUUGUACGUCGCUGUUGUCAGACCAGUUUGUGUAGUUUAUUCAGUUACACUAACAUGUGGGACACUGAUGAGCAGUACCACUCCGUCAGCACAAGAGGGAGUCCUGUACUUUUGUUUCAAGAGAGAUGUUAAAAGCUGAUGUGAAUGCUUGUUAAAGGUUGUGCCUGGAAUGGAUGAUGAGAGUCGCAUUUGAAACAGUGUUGACCAAACUGUAGAUAAUAUGAUUGUAUUUUCCUGAUGUUGGUCCCAAGAGUGCUUUCAGAAUAUGUUUCCCCACAUUUAAGAAAUAACUGAGCAUGUACAGGCAUUUGGGAUAUAUUUCUUUCAGCUGCAGCACUCUAAGUUCAAGAAGCUGAAGAACUUGUUGAUAAUGCAGCUUCUAAUACCAGCAAAUGGAGCAGUCAAAGCAAAUUUCUAGUUUUGUAUCCUAGUUUUUCUGAUGUCUUCCUUUUCUGCUCUACACCACGAGCCUUUUUGUAGAUCAUUAAUAUUGCUGUGUUCUUUUAGGAGAUGCGAGAAGAGGUUAUUCCUGUACUGGUGGCUGAGUUGUGAAGUUAUAUUUUGCCUUGUGUAUUCUUUAACUGAGACAAAUGAAAUAUUGCAACUUCAAAGUC